ACACACAUUAACCUGUUCUCCACCCAAAUGAAGAAAAAAGUUGUCAAAUCAGGUUGUGAACUCAUCGUCGGGAUAUUGUAUGGGACCCUCAGGCGCUGAAGAGGUCAGCACCACCCGAGUUGAACUGAUGUAAGAACAUCUGCCAAUAAAACAUCUUCCAACGUCUGAAACAGCAUCAGAAUAAGAUCAAUCAAAGGUUGAAACCGACCGCUGGCCUCCUCAAAUCAUCUCUGCUAUCAGUCACCACAUGGAUGUGUCAUUGUUUCUAUCACUUUUUAGAAGUUCAUGCCCACUGAAGCGCAGCGAGGUGAUCUCCGGAGUGCCAAAACACCGCCAAGAUCCUUACACCCCCCCUCCCCUCUCCACACAGACCACCACCUCCUCGUUCCCCAAUGGAUGGCACCGCUGACACCUUCCUCCGCCAGGCCUGUGGGCCGCAUGAUGGUCUGACCACACCUCCACGCCAGGCUCGUAAAGCCCCAGGAUGUGUAUAAAUAAGGGAGCAGAAGGAGCAGAAGAACCAGAAGCUGAUCAGACCAGAUGAAGAUGGAGCUCGUCGGGGUUAACUGGGUUCUUGCCGCUGCAGGUUUCUUUCUGUGGACCAGCGUUGGGUCUGCUGCUCCCAUGGUGUGCCACUAUAACUCCAGAGCACUGUGUGAGUUCCAGGGGAAGAACUACUCGCUGGGGGAAAGCUGGAUGGACAACGCCUGCAUGCAGUGCACCUGUCUGCACCCUGUGGGAGUCGGCUGCUGCGAGACGGUGCAGCGGCCGGUGGACUUCCCCGCAUGGUGUGAGCUGCGUGUGGAGCAGCUGACCUGCAGCGUGUCCCUGGUCCAGACAGCCGACCCCCGCCUGCCCUGCUCCCCCGGGGAGGGCAUGAAGGACCCCGGCCACGGCUCCUUUGAUCUGAAGCAGCAGCAGCUCGACUGGUAGAAACCAUCUCAGACACCGCUAUCUGUUCAUGCUGUUUGCCUGUGGAACCAGUGCUCACUAGGGUUAAAUACCAGUAACCACUUUAUUCACAAACUGUAUCAAUAUAAGACGUAACAGCAUUUGUUCUUUCUGGAUUGUAUUAUAAAUGAAGGAAAUGUGAGUGAAAUGUUUAUCUGAAAAUAUGUUUUAGCACUGAGCAUUAAAUGUUAACAACUUGGUAAAAAUGUAAGCAUCUAUAUUUAGAUCUUUAUUUUCAGUAUGUUUUUGCUUCUUCUAUUAAUCCAACAAUGACUCAUUGUAAAUAUAAGCAAAUAUAAGCGUACAUUAAUAUAUAUAACUAUUCCUGUUGACCUGUUCUCUGCUGUAACUCAU